AUGCGCGCAAUAAUUAGCUACCUGGUGCUGGCUAUAGGCGUUGCUUUGGCCAUAGCUGGAUCGGUUAUGCUUGGAGUUGGGAUUUCUCGGAGUAACUCGUCCAAAGAUUGUUCUAUUACGAAUGCACCUCCUAGUAAGGCUCAAACUACUCUCAUGUCUACCACUACCCGCGCUGCUACCGAUUCGAAAGCGAUUUCACAAAUGAUCCAGAGCCGUAUCGAUCCUGAUCGUAUAAAACAGAAUCUUCGAGAUUUUACAAAGCUGCCACAUAUGGCAGGAACGGACAACAAUGCCAAAGUGCGCAAAUCCAUCGUGGAGAAGUAUAUUGACGCAGGAUUGGAAAAUGUUCACACCGUAAAAUACAACGUUCUCCUUUCCUAUCCUCCGGAUGCAGCGAAUCCGAACUUGAUGACGAUUGAGGACUACGAUGGAAAAGCUAUUUUCACAAGUGAAGGAAUCAGCCCACCUAUCGUUCUUGAUGAGCAAAGUGACAAAGGCGCUGGUAUACAAUGGGUGGCUUUCUCUCCUAGUGGCACGGUAGUUGGAGAUGUGGUUUACUGCGGAUUUGCUACAGAGAAAGAGUUUCAGAUACUCCAAAGCCACGGUAUCAACGUGAAGAAUACCAUAGCUCUCAUUCGAUAUGGUAGCAUGUUCCGUGGAGAUCAGGUGGCUACUGCUCAAAAAUAUGGCGCCAUUGGUGCUAUUCUCUAUUCCGAUCCUGCCGAAGUAGCUCCAAAUGGGACUGCUGACGGUAGCGUUUACGCCGGUACCGUAUACAUGCCGGCUCAUGGUGUACAGCGUGGUACGGUAAUCACACAGACUGGAGAUGUUCAAUCGCCUCUUUACCCAUCAAAACCGAAUCUUUGGAGAGCCGGAUCCGUUGAGCAGGCUCGCAAAGACGGUAUACUUCCAUCUAUCCCAGUAAUGCCAAUUUCGUACUCAUCCGCUAAAGAAUUAUUUUCAAGAUUAGGUGGACCUGCGGCGCCUGAGGCAUGGAAAGGAGGUCUGAAUGUCCCAUAUAAUUUGGGACCAAGAUUGACCAAUGGCUUCAAAACAAGAAUUUCUGUUGGUGGACAUUUUGAGGAAAGAGAGAUACAAAAUGUUAUUGGUUACAUAAAAGGUGCAGAGGAACCGGAACGCUAUGUAAUAUUAGGGAAUCACUACGAUGCUUGGACUUACGGUGCUAUGGACCCGAAUGCUGGGACCGCAGUUCUGGCUGAGGUUGCUAGAGCUACGGUAGAAGUGAUGUCACAGACAGAUUGGCGUCCAGCGCGUUCAAUAAUGUUUGCCGCUUGGGAUGCCGAGGAGUACGGUCUUGUUGGCUCAACGGAAUUUGUUGAAGAAUUUGCUGAAAUUCUUACCAGACGUGCAGUGGCCUAUAUAAACCAGGACUGUUUCAAGGGCAAUACAACUCUAUAUCUGCAAAGUUCACCUUCGCUGCAGGACCAAGCCAUCCAAGCCGCUAAAAAUGUUCAGAAUCCCAGAAAAGAUGAGAUUGCAGCUAAUCGAUCAACAGUUUAUGAUACAUGGCUGUACAAUAUGAAGGACCCCAAGUACCCUGAUAUUCCUGACAUUGGUAUUCCUAUGGGUGUACCGUCUGUAAAUUUCGCAUUUAUUGACAUGGAUAAGCAUCAUACUUAUCCGCUCUACCACACUCUGUACGAAACACCAUUUACUACAGAGCAUUUGAUGGAUACCGACAAUUUCGCUAUGCACCGAGCCAUGGGGCAAUUCUGGAUCGAACUGGCUGUUCAGAUUGCGGACGCUCCCACGAUACCGUACAGCCUAACCACCCUCGCUACUAAAAUUGAACGAGACUAUAUCACGGAUUUGGCUGGAGCAAUAAUGUCAUUGGAUAUGACCUCCUAUACCGAUGCUGGAUACAAACAACUAAAACAAAUGGCCAACACAGCUCAAAAAUUAGUGGACGCUUGUGGCCUCUUUGAAAGUUUUCGUGUGCCCCGAACUGAGGACGUUCUCUUCAGAAGCCGCUACAACGAUAAACUUAUAAAUUUCGAACGCUGCUUUGUGAAUCCACGAGGAGUCCCGGGCGAUCCUGCUGCUCGGCAUCUGCUAUUUUCAGUAAGCAAGAGUGACAGCUACUCAAGUUCGGUGAUGCAGCAAGUGUACAAAGUUCUCAAUGACAUGGCAGACGCUUCUACGGGCGAGUUACCAAGUUUGAGGGACGAGCUUGCUAAUCAAAUCUCGAUUGUGCAUAACUCAUUGUUGUGCGGGAUGAACGUGCUUGCGGAUGAGAUAUAA